AACGUCCGUCUCUCCUGGAUUCACACGCUCUAAUUAUAGCUGCCUUAACGACAGUCGGGACAUCAGGGGAGACUUAAAACUACUGCGAGGGAACAGGGAGAGAUUUCUUUUUUUUUUUUUUACAAGUUCUGCGUCCUCACACGAUUUAGAGACUUUUUCCUUUUUGACCAGUGUGAGGGGAAGACUGUUGAAUUUAUGGACUGACCGUGUGGAUUUAAAAAGUUGGACUGGUUCACUUUGAGGAACAUGGAAUGAGUCAGCGAUCAGACGUCGUUAUGUCAGUGAAGUAGAGUUGUUGCAGAUCUUUCUCCACAUUGAGGAAAGUUCAACAUUCUGUUCAGCUGCUGGCGAUAAGUUGCUCCGACAGAAAUGAUUUGCUGCUCGUCACUUUUUGUCGUCGUCAGCCUCUUCGUGUCUCAGUGUCACGGCGGCUGUGCGGAGGUGGACUCUCUGACCGAGGCCGUGGCCGGAGACAGAUUCCUGCUGGGCUGCAUCUCCUGUAAGAGGAGAGAGGAGGUGUCUGCCCGAACCACCGUGGACUGGCACUUCAAACCAGUGGAAGAGGAGGAGUUCAGGCAUAUUUUCCACUAUGACCACCCCAGUGCUGAGAUCCUGCACCAGGAUUUCAGCGAGCGUCUCGAGUGGCACGGGACUAAAAACCGUGAUAUUCAGACAGGAGCCAUUUACCUUCACAACGUCACCUUCAAUGACACGGGGACGUACCGCUGCACCUUCCACCGCACCCUCUUCCUGGCGAUGUCUGACCAGCAUGUCACCGUGGAGAAGGACGUGGAGCUCAGCGUGGUGGCUGUGGCCAAUCGGGAGCUGACGUCUGUGAUCACAGAGAUAAUGAUGUAUGUGCUGAUCGUGGUUCUGCAGCUGUGGCUCAUUGUGGUUCUGGUCUACUGCUACAAGAAGAUUACAGCCGAGCACGAGGCUCGGGAGGCCCGUAAGGCUCAAAAGGCUCAGGCAGCACUGUUGGAAUCUAAAGACAGCUGUGAGAGGGUGCAGCUGGAGUAACACUUACAGUUGGAAGAUCAUCUCCUCAAGACUUAAGCUUUUGUUUCUGUUCCGUGACGACGACAACACAACUGCUGCAGGAGGUUGAUUCCUGGUCGUGCUCAGUCAUACGGGACAAUUACACACUUUUUAAAUAGAUUUUUUUAAAGGACUAUAAAAGUGCUAUAAAACGAAUGGCCUUCAGUGCAGGAAUCCAACGAAUGAUUAUUUUUAUUGUUUAAAAAUCUGUCACCUAAUUGAUUAUCAGUUGUAUCUAUUGUAUUUUGGUUCAAUGUCCACACAACAUGGCAUAAACUCAAAAUCUGUUAUCUAAUGGCAAUUGA